AGUUUCAUUUUAACCUCAGGAGCGUCAGCAUGGCGAACCGAACAGUGAAGGAUGCUCAUUCGGUGAAAGGGACAAAUCCUCAAUAUUUAGUAGAGAAGAUAAUCAGAACAAGAAUUUACGAAUGCAGAUACUGGAAAGAAGAAUGUUUUGCGCUCACAGCUGCCUUGCUGGUGGACAAGGCGAUGGAGCUCAAAUUCAUUGGUGGUGUAUAUGGAGGAAAUGUAAAACCGUCUCCAUUUCUGUGCCUCGUACUCAAGAUGCUGCAGAUCCAACCUGAGAAAGAUAUCGUGGUGGAGUUCCUCAGGAAUGAGAACUUUAAGUAUGUUCGAGCGUUGGGAGCAUUUUACAUGCGACUGACAGGAUCGUCCUUGGACUGCUAUAAAUACUUGGAGCCCCUGUAUUACGAUUACAGAAAAUUGAAACGUCAGAACAAAGAUGGUGGGUUUGAGUUGAUACACAUGGAUGAAUUCAUAGAUGAAUUACUCCGAGAGGAACGUGUCUGUGACAUCAUCUUACCAAGAAUCCAGAAGCGAACAGUGAUGGAGGAAAGCAACACACUAGAUCCUCGUGUCAGUGCGUUGGAGGAAGACCUCGAGAACAUGGACACGUCGGAUGAUGAGGAGGCAAUGCACGAGAGGAGUCCGUCCCCAGAACGCAGGAGAGGGAGUUAUAAAGAUGCUGACAAACCCAACAGAAGUCCUUCACCUCGACACGCUCGUAGUCCCUCACCCCACAGCAGAUCUAAUCGGAAGCGUUCCCGGGACAGAGAUAGGGACAGAGAAAAACGUCACAGAUCACCAGACAAAUCAAGACAUCGUGAUGAUGAUGAUGACAGAAGAAGAAAACACAAAAAACACAAACACGAUCACAAAGACCAUAAAGACCGCAAGGACAGUGAUCGCCAUCACAAACACUCGGACGACAAUGACCGCCAUCACAAACAUUCAGAUGACCGUGAUCGGGAUCGUGAUCGUGAUCGCCACAGACACCGGGAUCGACGGGAUAAACGUGAGAGUGGCUUAUCACAGAAAGAAUUGGAAAUCAAGGAGGCAAAUGAACAGAGGGCAAAACUUGGCCUGGCACCUUUGAAAUAGGAAUUAUUCAAAAUCACUGUGGAAAAGGUUAUUUCUCCGACGGCUUGCUUAUAAUCUUUUGAUGUGAUGGGACUUACUGGUUAAAAGAAAGACUGACAAAUUUAACACAGUUCCACUUUGAAUAGCUUUUAAUGGGCUCAUUAAUGGAUCAAUGCGGUCAUUCUCAAAAUCACAUGGAAGGGAUGCUAAUAUGAUUAGGGAUAAUGAAAUAUUGGUCAAAAGGAAAUUUGAAAAUGUUGGAAAGUAUUACAGGAAGAGAUUAUUUUUAAGAGUCACACUAGAUCCAGGCUUGUUACAGCUGUGGAAACACUUCAUUCAUUAUAGCUCUAAGCCAAGAUACCAAAUUCUGAUGAGAGAAUUUGGAAGGACAUUGUCAGCAAAACGACAGACAUAUUUAAUAAAAAUCUUUAAUUACA